GCAGUUUUCGACGACGGAGGUAAGAAGGAUCCGUGACGUCGAACCCAAAUAAACACAAAGUAUAUGUGAAUAAUUUCGGUAUAAAGACGGUGUGUAUCGAGUGCCGAGGGAGUCGCGUGUGUCUGCCCAAUAUUUCUCGGUGCUCCGAACGGUUUUGUGAAUAAAUCGUGUAUCGUGCGUAUAAGGACGAAUCGUAGCUCCGACCGCUGCCACUGAAGAUCGCGGAUUGUGAAAAUGUCGUGGUAUCAGGGAAUCGUUUAGGAGAGCGAAACGGUAUCAGAUCAACUGUACAGUGGUAGCCCCAUGGAAGGCACGUUGGAAGAACCCCCUGUUAAGGACUCAUCUCAGGCCAGUCCUGAUAAGGUUCUCAAAGAUAUUGUGAUACCAAAUGGAGUUAAUGGAAAUUAUAAUGACAAAGAAGGAUUCACUGAUGCAGAGAACACAUCUAAUCUGUCAAAAGAAACAAACAGUGCAACAAAAGAGGAGGGGGAGGAAACUUAUGAAGAAGAAGAAGAUGAUGAGGAUGAACGCAGAAUGGAGGUUGAAAUUGAAGAUGGGGAUGUAGAAUCAGAAGAUAGUGAGCAGGAUAGCAUAGUACAGAGUAGGAGUAGAGGGGGUGAAAUGUUAGAGUCAGGGAAUGACUCUAAUACAACUAAAUCACCUGAGGGUGUCAGUGAGACGAACAAUUCUAGUGAAGUGUGUAAUACUGAAGACAAGUGUAAAAUCACAUCUUGUGAGGCUAUGGAAGUUGAUGAACAAAGCAACAACUCGGAUGUUGAAUGUCUCGAUGAGAGCAUAACAGAAAUACAAUUUGAUACUGACGAUGUGUUCACUAUGAAGAAUUCUUCCCAUAAGGAUAACCAGAAUUUGUCAGGCAGUAGUGAUUUACAACAACUUAAUGACAGUAGCGAAAUUACAGAUAAUACCAUGGAUGGGUCCGAUCUGAAGAUUUGUGAAGAGAAUGGAAGUUGUGACAGUCCUGAUAUUGAAGAAAUAACGGAUAGUGCAAAGAAUGGUCAUAAUAGUUCCCCUGAGCGGGCCAACAAAGAUCCUACAAAACAAAGGAAACCAAGGAAACAAUUAGACCUUAGUAGUAUUACACCACGAAGAAGUUCUCGUAACAUAAAGAGGACAAGUUAUAUAGAAAAGGAAAUAGAAGAAGAAGAUGUAGACGAUGAUGGUUCUGACAUAGAAGAAAUUAAGCCUGAAGAUCCUUUGGCUGGUAUUGAUAGUAAAGAUAAAGAGAACUCUAAACUGAAAUCUCCAAUCAAGAACAGUAAAACUACUAUUGUAGUUAAUGAUACCAAGCGUUUGGUAGAAAUCGCAGCUGGUAGUAAAUCAGUGAAAGGAGGGAAGAAAGAACCCACCUUAGUUAUCAUAGACACAAAUUCUAUUCUUUCUGGGCGUGGUGGUGUUCCUGUGAGUAACAAUAAGCCUCAUCAUUCUGUCUCCAGUUCCAGUUCUUUCUCAGUAGUACCCAUGGGUAUGACAACACAAACAAUGUAUCCUAAUAUGAGGACAACUAUUACACCAGUCCCAAUGACGUCAAAAACUGCACAGUUAAGUCCUAAAACAAGCAGUAUGACUACAGUAACACCUGCUGUACCUCCUAUAUUACCUACUUUAACUGAUGAUAUGUUCGUCGUAGAGGCACCAUCUUUUAUAGUACCAUAUGUAUAUGAGAAGCCACCUCUCAAACCAUUAAAAGAUUUUGUCACAAAAUUAGAACAUUGCUUAGAGGAAAAAGAAAAAGAAGAAAAAAGCAAAAAAAUUGAAGAUAAUAAAGAAGAGGAAGGCAAUGAAGACUCAUUGGAUAUGAAUCAAAAAAAUAAAGAUAAGGGUGAUGACAGCGAAAAUGAAGGAAGCUCUAAGGACAAAAAGGAUGGAGAGGAUAAUAAAGGAGGUGAAAAUUCAGUAGACUUAACUGAAUCUGGAUUUAGUAAUAUAAGUGAUAAACAAGAUAUCAGGCAUGAUGAUAGAAAUAAGGUAAUGACAUACUUUGAUUUACCAUUGGGCAAAUUUUUCAUGCAAAUUGGAGUGAAUCUUGUUCAAGAAUACGUGCAAACGGAUCUUUUACGGACUCAAAAGCGUAAGCAGGGCAAAGGUAGUACAUCGGCUGAAACUCAAUUAGCUAUAAGUUCACUCAUCAAGAACUUAGAAUUUAGUAAAGAGAAUAACGAACCAUUCCACUUAGAAUUGAAGAAAUGUGAAUUCUGUAGUUUUAAAACAGAAUCGACUUUAGUCAUGCAGCAUCAUUUAGAAACUCCGCAUAUGCGCAAUUACGUUUACAAAUGUAACUUUUGUCCGAUCGAAGUGCGUAGUCCUCACGAUAUUUUGUUUCACAUGGAAGCAGAACAUAAUACUCGUGGAAGGUUGGAACGUGGUCCAGCUUUUCAUCAAUGCCCUAAUUGUCCAUUCGAAGACAACCAAAAAGGCAAAUUAACUCGGCAUAUACUUGCUUGUACGAAAAAAUUCAGACCAGAAAAGAACUUAGAGCCGGCUGCAGAUUGGGAACCGCCUGCAAAAAUUCCAAGACUAAAUCGUGCCCGACCUGUUGGACCCACUAAUCCCAAUGCACUUGCUGCCAUGGCAAUGGGUAGUAAAGGACCACAGCCACUUCUGCCAAAAUUACUUCCUGCUCCAAUCACAGGUCGUGGAAGAGGACGGCCACCUAUGCAACCAAGAUACUCAGAUAUGAAAACAUUGCGACCAGGUGGAACGCAAAUGCGGCAAGAUAAUGUUACAGGAAUGAUGUAUCGUCCAACUUCUUCUGGUUUAUUGGUCCCAACUUCAUACCAAUUUGGUAGCAACCAAAUAUUCCAGAAUUCAACAGCCAGUCCCAAAAAUCCUACAGCAAAGCUGCUAAGUCAACCAAGUAUAUCUAUAACCCCACUACCACGUACAACAUCUCAGACCUCUAUUCCUGGAUCUGGAACUUCUUCAAAGUCUGGAGGGAAGACUACAUUUGUUAUAUGUGAGAUCUGCGAUGGUUAUAUUAAGGAUUUAGAGCAACUACGUAAUCACAUGCAAUGGAUCCACAAAGUAAAAAUACAUCCAAAGAUGAUUUAUAAUAGACCUCCUCUGAACUGCCAAAAAUGUCAGUUCCGAUUUUUCACAGAUCAGGGUCUCGAAAGACACUUACUCGGGUCUCAUGGAUUGGUUACGUCCAGUAUGCAGGAAGCAGCAAACAAAGGAAAGGAUGCUGGUCGCUGUCCCGCCUGUGGCAGGGUAUAUCAAUGGAAAUUACUAAAUCAUGUUGCGCGAGAUCACGGAAUGACAUUAAAACCUGCGCAUCUAUCUUAUAAAUGUACAGUUUGCACUGCCACGUUUGGAAUGUAUAAGCAGUUCGAAAAUCAUGUUUAUUCGGCACAUAGUGUCGUAGCUAAGAGAGUAAUGGAUAAGAAGAACACACCUUCAUCUCCAUCGUCCAGAUCCAAUGAUUCCCUUCUGAAACCAUUGAAGAUCAAUGACGAGAUCACAAUUAUUCCACAACCAGCAAAACCUACAACCAGGUCGGGUGCAUCUCAAGGCAGAGGAAAAUAGCAAUGAUCAGCAGAGUGAUACAUGUGUCUUGUCUUAAUGAAUUUCACGUAACAAUUUUGUGGUACUCCAUACCGGUCAUUGUUAAUACACAGUGACUGACGUGCCGUGUACAUGUGUAUGCAUAUUAUUGCUUAAGAUGCAAUUACAAAACAAAAAACACAUAAACCUACAACUCUUGGCAGUAACAGAAAAAAAAACAACUAGUUGAUUGCGUAAUAAUAUUCCAUCAAUGAUUAUACCGAUAUAUUUAUUUAAGAAUUUUUAUUGUUGUUAUCGGACAUACAUAAAAUAGACUGUAAAAAUAUUAAAGGGUGGCCUUCAGUCUAAUUCCUUGGUUAAUCCUAGAGCUGCAUACUCUCCUGACCUAUACACGCCUAUGAGAAAAAACCUUAUAAAUACUAAGUGUAUUUACAUUUUAUGCGACACUCACAUGUCAUACUGCGAAUCACUCUUUAAAUAGCAAAUUCACUAUAAUAUAAAUUCAUUUUCUAAGACAAAUAUAUUUGAAUUAAUUCUAUUUUGUUAUUAAUGCUAAUACGAUUGCGUAGGGCAAUGAACGAUAAAACACUGUCCUUAAUCUUAUAUAAUCGAUACGUCGACGCAUCAUGUUGCGGAGAGCAAUUUCUGAACGAUAUACGAAAUAACAAAUUGUACUAAUUAACCAGAGUGCCCUAGACUGUCCCGCGCGGUAUAUACUUCUGGUAUUAUAACGGUACCACACUGCAAUCUUUUUCUAUCAUGUGUACACUUACUUUUUCUUUUUCUAAUUUCGCCAUCGUAUCUAUUCUUUAAGCGACGAAUUUAGAACUCGAUAAUUCGCUGCUUAAUUUGUAAACAUUUCGUGAAGUUGCGUGUAUGAAAUAAGUUAUGAUAUCAAAGACUUUUCGAGUUGUAAAUUGUAUCUAUUUCUAUAAGUUGAAAUCUUCGAUGGCAAGAAUUGUAAUAGAAAAACAUUCAGUUUUAUUUUUGCGCUUUUAUAAGAACAAAAAUGUACAUUAACAUAGAAUAUAAUAUAAACGAUUAUAUCAAUAAAAUAGGAUGGCACACA